CUCUUAACCCAAUUUUUGCAAUGGCUUCAAAAUGCUAUUGCCAUUUCAUUCUCUUCCUUCUCUUACUAUCCAUUUAUUGUAUAAACUUUUCUUCUUGUUUUUCAGAUAAACAAACAGAUUUCAAGAAAUGGGUAUCUUGGAACAUUAAUAAUCAUAAGAGAAGGGCAGUCUUGGAAUCAAAAUUUACAGGUAGCAAAGUUGUUGAUUACAAGCUUCAGAAAGCUGAAAUAAACAAUGUGACAAUAAUAGUAAACCAAAAUGGAACUGGCAAUUUUACCACCAUUGGAGAAGCUAUCAAUAGCAUUGCACCAUACAAUACUAGAAGAGUCAUAAUAAUGAUCAAUCCAGGUGUUUAUAGGGAAAAACUUAUAAUCUCCAAAAAGAAGGCAUUCAUUACAUUUCUUGGGGAUUCAAACGAUCCACCUUUGAUAACUGGUAAUGAUACUGCUUCAGUGUUUGGAAAAGAUGGGAGGCCAUUGAAAACGUUUCAAAGUGCUACUGUUGCUGUUGAUGCUAAUUAUUUUGUUGCCAUCAACAUUAAAUUUGAGAACACAGCUCCACAUGAAAUCGGAAAGAAAGGUGAACAAGGCGUGGCGCUUCGGAUAUCAGGAACCAAAGCAGCAUUUUAUAAUUGCAGUUUUUACGGAAAUCAGGAUACUCUUUAUGAUCACAAAGGUCUUCACUAUUUCAAUAAUUGCUUCAUCCAAGGCUCCGUCGACUUCAUUUUCGGCUCCGGCAGGUCCCUUUACGAGAAUUGCCAUAUAAAUUCGAUAACAAAAAAGGUAGCAUCAGUAACAGCUCAAAACAGGAGCAAUUCGACAUUGGAAAGUGGAUUUUCGUUCAAAGAUUGUGUAGUAACCGGAAGUGGCUUAGUGUACUUGGGAAGAGCAUGGGGUGAUUAUUCCAGAGUUGUCUUCUCUUACACUUACAUGGACAACGUUGUUCUCCCACAAGGCUGGAAUGAUUGGGGCGUCCAGAAACGUGACACGAGAGUAUUUUAUGGAGAAUAUAAGUGCACUGGGCCUGGAGCUAACUUUACGGGUAGAGUUCCAUGGGCUCGGGUUCUUACAGAUGAAGAGGCUCAGCCUUUUAUUGGAACUUACUAUGUUGAUGGGGAUACUUGGCUUCUUAGCCCAUCAUGAAUAUAAUUGAGAGGGUCCAAUAAUUGAGUAAUGUGAUGAAUUUUUUAAAUAUUUUAAGAUUAUUUUUUAAUGCCAUGCAUAAAAGCUUAAAAAAAUUGUGGUUGUAUUACGUGGAGGUAAUGCAUUUUAAAUUAAUUAUUUAUAUGUGACGAUAAUUGUUUAGGAGUUCGA